CACUAUUUUUGUUUUGUUGUCGUUUUAUCCCCGAAAUACCCUUCUUUUGAUUUCUUACCUAAAAUCUCCCCCAAAACUGCAAAUUCAACGACUCGUGACGACGAGCUCGGCGAUGAUGGAGCGAACGUACGGCCGCCGCAAGCCGGGCAUGCCGCCGAGGACCCUAUCCGACUCUCUAAACGAGACCGUUUCGCAGGCGGAAUACCUCUCUUCCUCUUCGUCUCCGGACAUCGAACCCCUUGAUUACUCUCUUCUUCCUUUCUCCAGUCAAGAUUCGUCCUCUCUCUGGCAUUCUUCUCCGAGAUCGAAUUUCCAAGAGGAUUAUUCGCUUAACGGAGGCGUACGGAGGGCGAAAAGAGCGAGGAACGGUGAAGCUUUCGCAUUUACUUCCACGUUGCUUGAGGCGCAGGAGUUUGGAGAGCUAAUGGAGCACGAGGACGAGGUUAACUUCGCGCUUGAUGGGUUGAGGAAAGGACAGCAGCUGAGGAUCAGAAGAGCUAGCCUGUCGUCUUUACUCGCGAUUUGCGCAUCUCAACACCAGCGCCGCUCCUUGAGAGCUCAAGGGAUCUCCCAAUCAAUAAUUGAUGCGAUUUUGAGUCUUAGCCUUGAUGACAUACCAAGCAAUCUUGCCGCGGCCACUCUAUUCUUUGUGCUAACUGCUGAUGGUAAAGACGAGCACUUUAUGGAGUCACCCCAGUGCAUCAAGUUUCUGAUAAAGUUGUUGAAACCUGUGAUUGUUACUAGCGCCCAAGGGAAGCCGCGCAAUAUAGGAUUUAAGCUCUUAUCAGUACUUAAGGAUGUUGAUGCAGCACGGGAUGUAGUAAAAAUGAAUGAUCCAAGCUCCAGUGUUAUACUUUCUAGAGUUCAGGAACUUCUUGUUAAUUGCAAGGAAGUGAGAUCGAUUGAUAGCUAUAAAGCUGAAACAACGAGACCUGAGCUAAGUACGAAAUGGGUAGCUUUGUUGGCCAUGGAGAGGGCGUGCUUAUCCAAAAUUUCUUUUGAUGAUACUUCUGGUUCUGUAAAAAAGACCGGAGGGAAUUUCAAGGAGAAACUACGAGAACUAGGAGGAAUCGAUGCAGUCCUUGAGGUUAUUAUGGAUUGUCACACUGUUAUGGAGCGCUGGGUGGAACAGGACACACUUUCCUUCCAGGAUAAGAAAGAUAACCUGCAUAAGCAGAAUUUAAUGUUGCUUCUGAAAUGUCUGAAAAUCAUGGAGAAUGCUACGUUCCUCAGCACAGACAACCAGAGUCAUUUGCUUGGAUUUAAGAAAUGUUUGGGUUCUCAUGAAUCCCGAAUGUCUUUCACAGAUCUCACGAUAAGUGUCAUUAAGAUUCUUUCAGGUCUUCACCUACGCGGAGGUUUUCCAAGACCUCACAGGAACAAUGUCAAUCCUCACUGUUCAAAUAGUGGUAAUCGUGAUUCUAUUAUGGGAGCAGGUUGCAAAGUUAACAAUGAGGUCGUGACAAUAAGUUCAGAUACUUGUUCAACCCUUGGCUCUAUCUCCACGAGGAAUGGGAGUGUAUCCCAGAUAAGUCAAUCCAUAAUCGAUUUAGAUUUAUCACCGACAUCAAUGUCGGGUUCUCAGACAAGUGUGUCUGGAAAUGAGACCACUACGUCACCAACAAGAGUCGGUUCCGCCAUCUCUGGGUCAUUUGCAGGCAGAUUGGCGUCAUUGGGUAGUGGCAUUGCCAGAAGUACUUCCAGGACUAGUCAAGUUGGAGAACCAAGUUGUAAAAGAAAUAGAAAUGUUGCAUCCCUUGACGAAAACCAAGAUCCUUUUGCGUUUGACAUGGAAGAUUCUAAACCUUCCAAGUGGGCAAUAGUAUCUGUAAAGCAAAAGAAAUCUAGAGCUCAAAAGAAGAAAGGAUGCUACAAACAGAGUAAAGAUGAACGUUUGUAUCAGCCGUUCUCGAGCCAAGAGAAAUCAUCAAAACAUAGGUUGAAUUCCCAGGAAGAAGAAUCAAAUGGCGUAGGCUGCAGUAUAUCGCUGCAAGUAUCUUCUUCUACAAAUGACAUUGAUGAAGAAUGUCUAUGUCUCUUAUCGGAUUGCCUUCUAACAGCCGUAAAGGUUUUGAUGAACUUAACAAAUGAUAACGCUGUCGGUUGUCGGCAAGUUGGUGGGUGCAGAGGGCUGGAAAGCAUGGCUGAAUUAAUUGCCAGACACUUUCCGUCUUUCACCAGAUCUCCGCUUUUCAGUGAGAUGGAAAAAACGGGAUCCCAUCAGAAGAAAGACAAGCAUCUUACAGAUCAGGAGUUAGAUUUUCUUGUUGCCAUCUUGGGUUUGCUAGUAAAUUUGGUUGAGAAAGACGGAGUAAACAGAUCACGGCUUGCUUCAGCUAGUUUCCCUAUUACAAAUCCAGAAGGGUUGCAAGAGAGUGAACAGGAGAUGAUUCCUUUAUUAUGUUCAAUCUUUUUAACCAAUCAAGGAUCAGCAGACACCAAAGAAGAAACAACUACUUUCACCUUAGAUGACGAAGAAGCAGUUUUAGAAGGCGAAAAGGAAGCGGAAAAGAUGAUUGUGGAGGCAUACUCUGCUCUUCUACUUGCCUUCCUUUCAACUGAAAGGUCUAUUCCGUUUUCAAUCGUAUUUUUACGUUAUAUUCCAUCUAAACUUUCUAAAGAAACUAAACAUGUUCUUGAAUCCACUAGCAGUAGAAGUAUACGCAACUCGAUCAAAGACUAUCUCCCGAAACGCAAUCUCGCAAUUCUUGUACCGGUCUUGGAGAGAUUUGUGGCAUUUCACACCACUCUGAACAUGAUCCCUCCGGAGACUCACAAAGCAGUGAUGGAAGUGAUCGAGUCCUGCAGAUUACCGUAAAAAACGGAUCGAAAAGGGCACAAUUAAUUCUUCAUUCUCCUUAUUCUCUGUACAGCUUCUGCAAAAAGAAAAACUUGGAAUGCUUUGGGGUGAUCACUGACUCUGGUGAUACAUAGUGAUCAUGUUGAUGUAUGAUAUAAUGCUACAGUUAGUAUGUUAGAUACCCUCUUUUUAGAAUUUGUUUUACGAUCUGUCUGUCUCGGCUUAGGGUUGUUUUAGCUGUCUUUUACUUACUACACUCCAUUCUUUUGUAGUUUUCUUCAUACCCUUUACUCAUAUAUACAAGUUUGCU